AUGACGAAGCUCAAAGGGAAGACAUGCAAUAAAGAUUACAAUCAAAGGUUGAGGUGGAGCGCCGCCGAGUGUCGGUUUAUCGCAGGAGGAGCGCCGCCUUGCUCCAGCCAGAUUCGAUUUCUGUUGCCGAUAUUGAAGUCGUCGCUUACAAGUCGCUCAUUUCAGACAACAAUCAGAGCUCUUACUUUGAGCGACUUAACGAAACAAAGUGGGCUACAUCACCGAAGAAUACAAUUGGCUAAGGAUGUCUAUCCAGACGCGGAGGUGCUUACACCUUAUGGGCGCCACCUCUGUUGUCCGGACAUUGGCGCGGGGGCUGGAGUAUAUAUGAUGGAGAAGUCCGACAACAUCGCGGGGAUCAAUCCCCGACCUGCAUCAACGAAAUCGACUGCUCUUUCACAAUCUUGCAAGGACUGCAGUAGAAGAAGAAGCACCGAUGAAUUCGAACGCGAUUUUCAGAGUCGACGGCAUCGUCGCCGUGAUUACAGGUGGCGGGACAGGUAUGCAUCCUCCGGCAAGACGUAG